ACAUGCCUCCGCCAAUUCUAAGAGCUCCUAAUGAAAUUGUGACCCACGUACUGCCUUCUUUUACAUCGGCCCACACAUCAGACCAAUCCACCUUCCCAUCUCCGUCCACUCCUCCCCCUAGCCACCAAACGAACCUACUGAUUUAUCCCCACCCCACCCCCUCUCCCCAUUAUUGCCUAAUCUCAUCAUUCAUCGGCCCAUGAACUAUCACCCACCUUAUCAUCUCGAACGGAAUCCACUCCCUCCUUUCCUAUCAAUCCAAAUCUUCCAGCCCUUCCCAUGAGCCCACUGACCAAUCCAUCACAUCCCAACUUGCGCCUUCACAACCUGCCUCCCCUCCGCCUCUACCUUCCCCUCUCCCUCAAUCACACCCCAUAGUUACUCGAUCCCAAAACAACAUCUACAAACCUAAAAAGCUUUUCCAUGCCAUUAAAGCAACCCCGCCAGUUCCACUUGAGCUCACCUGCGUAACGUAGGCCCUUAAAGAUUCUAAUUGGAAACAGGCUAUGUUUGAUGAGUUUAGUGCAUUCAAGGAACGCAGGAAGUAAUUCCUUCUAGCCUGCACCAACAUCUCAUUGGCUCACAGGUGCAUACAUGUUCUUUUGCGUAAACUUAACAUAGGUAACGUCAAGCCUGUUUCCACUCUGAUGGCUACUAGUUCUACCACCACAUUAUCUCUUCAUUCGAGCUGUGCUCUUUCUGAUCCCUCCGAGUAUAGACAGCUAGUUGGCUCUCUUUAGUAUCUUGCCCUCACAUGUCCAGAUGUCUCAUUUGUGGCCAACAAACUCUCUCAGUUUAUGCACAGACCGACUGAAGUCCAUUGGCAAGCAGCUAAAAAUAUUCUCCGUUACCUUCGUGGUACUCUCUUUCAUGGAUUUUUUCUUCGCCCUGAUGCCCAACUCACUCUACAUGCUUUUUCCAACGCUGACUAGGUCGGUGAUCGGGAUACCUACUCCUCUACCACUGGUUACAGCUGUUCUUGGGUGCCAAUCCUAUUUCUUGAAGGGUAGCAAAACAAAAAGUAGUGGCUUGAAGCUCUACCAAGGUUCAGUACCGUGUGCUAGCUGCAGCAGCCUCCGAACUGGUGUGGGUCUAACAUCCUUUGGCGCUAAGCUAGGCAUUUCCGUUGCGGAUUCUCCAACUCUUUUUUGUGGUCAAAUUAAGGCCACUUACUUAAGCAGUAAUCUUGUUUUACAUUCCUGUAUGAAACAUAUAUAGAGCCAUUGAUAUCCAUUUCGUUCGUGAUCUUGUUGAGAAACGAAUUUUGCGUGUCUCACAUAUAG